AUGGAUUAGAAUUUAAAUAUUCCCUAAGUUAAUUCUGUGUUAUUUGGAUCGCAAUACUACAAAUAAGGUUUAAUGAAUUAUUAGGCCAGUAGUACAUUCCUAGUCUUCUAGAUUGGCUACAUUGAUUUAAAUAUCAAAUAAACAUAAAAAUUAGAAGAAUUUUGGGAAUUUUACUUGGAUAUAAGAACUAUAUAGUACUCUUUGCUGAUAUUAUAAGAUAAGUAAGGGCAUUAGGCAAAAUAAACAGUUAGAAUAAAUAACUAAUUUUUGAAUAUUUUAUGUAUUAAUAAUAGUUAGUUCAAGAUAUAACUUUUAUAAAGAGCGCUCGUAUUCAAUCAACAGAUUGAAAAGACAUAUAUAGGUGAGAGGACAUUCAGGACUGAAUAAACUAAAGAACAAAAUGGCUUCAGUUGUUCACAAAAAAUCUAUCAAGUUGUAAAGCAAAUAGCCAAUUUAUAAGAUCAACAGAUAUAUUAAUUGAACAAAGGUACGGGCUUUACUAAAGUAGUAUAAUUCUUUUAAUUAGUUGGCAAUUUCAUUAGCAACGUUGCAAUAUGUGAAUAAUAAUUCUUUUUUGAAUAUUUUGAAAUGUUCUUCAUUCUGAACCAUAAUUAAUAUAAUUGA